UCUUCUUUUUUUUCUGUUUCGAGGGUUUAGGGUUUAUAUACAACACCGCCAAAACUAUAUAUCCCCAAACAAAACCCUAAUUUAACAGAAUUUCAAAAGCCUCAGAAAUGGCGAGUUCAAUUGCUUCUCAAUUACAAGCGAUUAAGUCGCUGAUUAAUGUCGAUACAGAGGCGCCGCAAAAGCGUCCCUUCACUCGCCCUUCUAUAUUGUUUAGUCCGAAAGAAGCUGCUGAUAUUGACCUCGAAUCACUUCUCAGCAUCGCUCUCUCAGGAUUGGAAGUUCUUGAAAGUAGAGAUGGAAGAUUUGAGAGCUAUAAGAAUAACUUGUUUAGUCAUAAGAGUAGAGAAAUGGAUAGGGAGUUGAUGGGAAUAGAGGAAAAUAACCAAAUCAAUUUGUCGAUUAGUUCGUAUAUGCGGUUAUUGUCAGGAUAUCUUGAAUUGCCUGCUGCUUUGAAGACUCUAGAGUACUUGAUACGUCGAUACAAGUUACAUGUGUACAAUUCGGAAGAGCUGAUUCUAUGUGCGCUGCCGUACCAUGAUACACAUGUGUUUGUCCGUAUAGUGCAACUACUGGACACAGGUAAUAGUAAAUGGAAGUUUCUCGAGGGUGUUAAAAACUCGGGAGCUCCACCUCCUAGGCAGGUUAUUGUGCAGCAAUGUAUUCGUGAUCUGGGGGUUUUGGAUGCAUUGUGCGAAUUUGCUCUACCAACAAAAAAAAUGCAGCCAUCAAGGCCAGUGAUGAGAUUUUGCAUAGCAGUUAUCAUUGAAGUCAUUGGUUAUGUUAAUGUAGUAGAUUCUAAUGUUGUGAAGCGGAUCCUUCCUUAUAUAGUUCAUGGACUUCAGCCUAAUGUCAAAGUGGAACCUGAUCAUAAGGCUGGUGCUUUGAUGAUAAUUACCUUACUAGUUAAUAAGGUUGCAUUGGCCCCUGAUCUCGUGAGAAGUUUAAUUCGUUCAGUUGCUGUCAUAGCACGAAAAGAUGCAACAGAAACAACUGAUCUACAAUGGAUUCGUGCGUCAUUUAUGGCACUGAUCAGUCUUGUUCAGUUGCAAGCUGUGGACAUGCUCCCCAAGAAGGUUGUGGACUCCUUGAAGGUGAUCAGUGAUUUGCCGGGCAUUCUUGUGGGUCUGACAAAGGAGUUCAACAUCGAUAAGUUUUUGGCUAUUUUAUUGGAGUCCCUCCUUGAGUAUAGUCCUGCAGAUGAUCUUUGCCAUCGUUCUCUGAUUUCAGUCAUUGAGACAGUUCCUGCUAAGGGUUUAGUUGGCCACAUGGUUUCUAAGCUCCUUCAUACCUGUGUGAGGUUGUCCAAGACUAAAAAUGAAUCGGCUUCACUUGAGUCAGGAAGUCGAUUGAAGGAAGUGUUUCUUUCCAUUAAAAGGAGAUACCCAAGUGAAUUACGUGGAGCUGUUAACUGUUUCUUGGAGUCAAAAAAAGAGGAUUCCAUGCAUGAAGUUCUGUGUCAGAUGUUGGACGGAAAGCAGGAUUUGUCAACUUCUGAUUUUAAACUAUGGUUUGCACUUGAACAUCCCAAGGCUGAGGUUCGCCGUAUUACACUCUCCAACUUUGAUACAGAUAGUCUUCUGAAAUGCAAGGAUAUUGAUUUACAGAGAUUUUCAACUAUCCAGGAUGCAGUCUUGCGCAGGCUACAAGAUGAUGAUCUAAGUGUGGUUCAUGCUGCUCUGAAAUUAGAUAGAUUGUCGGAAUUAAUUAAUUCAUCAUCUCUACUGGAGGCACUUCAAAAUGUGUUACAAAGAUGCAUAAGCAAUUUGAUGACACGUUCCCCCGAUAAUACCUCUCUAGCUGCUGACGUCGCCUUACUCUCUCUAGAGCAUGCUAUUCUAAAUUUUCAUGAUCAAGAAAAAUAUUCGAGACAACUUGCUGGCAUGCUUUUUCCUUUGAUUCUAAUCAUUCCGAAGAUGCAAAUUUUGAAUGUUAGAGCUAUAUCUUUGACAAGAGAAGUAAAAUGGCCUCUCUAUGCAAAUCUUGCCAGUAUCUGCCAUCCACAGAAGACUUUAAAACAUGAGGACAUAACAGCUCUAAAUAUGGAUACUAUUAGUGGUUUGGCGGACACAUUUUCAGUGCACCCGCACCCUGAGGAGUACAUGACUUGGCUGGUUGAAUGUUGCAAUGUGUCAGAUUUGUCAAAAACAUUAUUCUUCUUGGUUUUACUGCAGUCAUUCACGAGACUGAAGAUUGAUGUUUCUCAAUUAUUCACACUGUAUGAGGCAUGCUUUCCAGCUCUGAUAAUUGAGUGGAAAUCGCUAGAGCAUGUUGGGAAUCUGGAUGUAACUGAGUCCACCUCAAAACUGCUGGAUCGAGAUUGCAAAACGUUCCUUGAUAAUCUUUUUGACACUGAUCUGAAAGUCUUGAGUGCUAAAAUAUUAAGGUCAUUAUUCUGGAAGUUGUCAGAGGCAAUCAUCACAGUAGCACCUGAAGACAUCUCAGAGGAUGAGAAUAAAAAGUGGCUAUUCACACUGCAAGAUACAUUUACUUUCUUUGCUUCUCAAUCAAAGCCAGUAUUUAGGGAACAUCUUAAUUAUUUUGUUAGAAAGUGCAAGAUCUCUCCGGUCCGAUUUCUCUCCAAACUUUUUACCGGUGAAGGUGUUUCUGUUGCUGUUAAAGUCGAGAGCCUUCAUUCUUUUGUGCAUCUUUGCUCUCAGUUAGAUGAGAGCAUACUUCUGCAACUACUUGCGGAAUUCCCCUCAGUUCUUGUUGCAGUGUGCAGUACUAAUCAGGAUGUGCGUGUUGCUGCUAUGAGCUGCAUCGAAGGGCUGUUCGCAUUAUGGCCACAUGUUACUAUUUCAGGAAGGAAGAAUGGGAGUGCAUUGGGGAGUCAGUUUCUGGGAGAGCUUUUAGGAUUACUGAUUCAGCAAAUGAGGCUGAUUGUAUCAGACGAAAAUAUUCUCCCCUCGCUGUUCACAAAUCUGCUAGGCACUUCCUGUCAUAGCAUUUUAGUUUCUGAGAGUGUUGGACAGAGAUUUGAGAAGGCUGUAAAAGAGGAUAUAACGCACUACCUUGUUACAUCUGCUCUAAAACUUUCAGCUUAUGGAAAGCUAAUGCUUCUAACUUUGCUCAAAGGAGUUGGGAGUGAAGUCAUGCAUAUUAAAGAUGUUGAGUUAUUGCUUGAUGAACUUCUGAACCGUCGCCAUCAAUUUCACCUUGGAAAUGAUCAAUUCUGUACAAAGUUGUCAAAAACUGAAAUUAAUACCAUGUGCCUUUUGCUGGAGUUCUGUAUGAUGCCUGUUCCCUCGCCUGAUGGUUUUGUUCAUGUAGAUGGAAUACUGAAAGCUUUGGAGUUUGAGGGUACAUUCUCUGAAGACCCUGCUAUUGUGCAACCUUGUAUAACUGUUUUGAAAAAUAUCAAUAGUUCCUUCUUCGAAGGUUUGAAGAUAGAGGCCCAGGAAUUACUCUUCAAAAGCCUCGUGGUCCUGUUUCACAGUGCACAUGUUGAUAUACACAAUGCUACCAGAGAGGCACUUUUGCGGAUUAAGAUUUCAAGCUCAACUGUAGGCCUGGUUCUUGAAGUUGUUCUGAAGAAGGAAGGUUUCCCAAAUAAACCUGCUCAUGGAAAGAAGAAGAAGAAAUCAUCAAGCCAUCUAAAUUCUGGCCAACAUAAAGAUGCAACCUUGAGAUGUGGAGGUGUAGUUACUUUUCUUAGUUCUCUUCUUGAUGUCAUCCUACUGAAGAAAGAGAUUUACAACAGAGCAUCAAUAUUAGGGCUAUUGUUUCAACUUCUUCGCUCACUAUUUAUGGAUGAUUAUUGGAUCAAUGUUACCAAUAAUGAGGAGAAUUAUACCCAAGCUUCACCUGAGGUGUUGCCGACUAGUUCCAGCUCCUUAUCUUAUGUUCAACAAUCUUUAUUAAUGAUUCUUGAGGAGAUUAGUGCUUCACUCAUUACAUCCUUGCCACAAAAGGAUGAGGUAAAGUAUAGUUUUGACGUGGAACUUUUAGUCAAAUGUGCUCGUUCUUCAAAGGACGCAGUAAUCCGCAACCACGUGUUCCUGCUGUUAUCAACUAUUGCAAAGGUGGUUCCAGACAGGGUUUUGGAUCACAUACUAGAUAUUCUUACUGUUGUUGGGGAAUCAGCAGUGACACAGGUUGACAGCCACUCGCAAAAAGUUUUUGAAGAUCUUAUAACUGUCAUUAUUCCAUGUUGGCUAUCUAAGACCGGAAACAUCGAGGAAUUGCUACAGGUUUUUGUGAGAGUUUUGCCUGAUGUUGCUGAACAUAGAAGACUUUCAGUCAUUUCCCAUCUUUUGAGAACUCUGGGAGAAAGUUUUAGCUUAGCUUCUCUUCUUCUCAUCCUUUUCCGGUCAUUGGUUACGAGGGAAAACAUCUUCCUUACAGAUAGUCGGCAAUCAUUGGAUGGUUUAACUACUCGAAUCCGUACACAGUGGGAGUAUGCAUUUGCAUUGCAGAUAUGCGAUCACUAUUCAUGCAUUAUCUGGCUUCCUUCCCUUGUUAUGGCUCUUCAGAAGAUAGAAACAGGUACCUGGAGAAAGGAACUUUUCUUGGAGUUGCUAGUUGCGGUGCAAUUUAUUUCUGACAAGCUGGAGGAUCCUGAAAUUUCUUUUAAGCUCAAGUUUGUGGAUAAUGCGGAUGAUAUUCAGGGAACAGUUGAGGAACUCACAGAACAGCUUGUUUCUCAUUUGCAACUGGCUGAUUCAAGAAGAAAACAGAAUGGUCUCCCGUCUUCCAUUGGAAAAGAAUUGAAAGAGCGCAUACGCUCAAUCUUGAAAAAUAUUACAAAAGGGCUACUACAACUCCCUUCAGCGUACUUUGGAGUUGUCAUCAAAUUACUGAAUCAUGCUAAUUAUGAUGUCAAAAGAAAGGCCCUUGGGCUUCUUUGUGAAACAUUAAAGGACACUGCAGUGAAACCAAAGCAUGAGAGAAGGGGGAUUAAUAAUGGCGCCAGAGACUCUUGGCUUCACUUAGAUGCCAGUGCUUUGGAAUCCUUUAACAAAUUGUGUUCAGAUAUCGUAAAGCUAGUUGAUGAGUCUGAUGACAACUCAAAUGUAUCCUUAAAACUCAGUGCAGUUUCAGCUUUGGAAGUUUUGGCUAAUAGAUUUCCGUCAAAUGAUUCAAGCUUCAACCUGUGCCUUGAACCCAUCUCAAAGAAUAUUCAUUCAGAUAACCUAGCUGUAUCUUGUAGCUGUUUAAGGACAGCAGGUGCUUUGAUCAACGUUCUUGGUCCAAAAGCACUCUCUGAGCUUCCGUCUAUUAUGAGGCACCUAUUAAAGAGUACUCAUAAUAUCUCCUCAUCUACUGAUUAUAAAUCUUCAGCUUUAUCAAAUCCGAAGGAAGCUCUCUUCAUGUCUGUACUCGUAACUCUUGAAGCAAUCAUAGACAAGCUUGGUGUUUUUCUUAGCCCUUUUAUUGGAGAUAUAUUGGAACUUUUAGUCUUGCAUCCCGACUUUACUAAAAUUGCUGACCCAAAGUUGAAGCUAAAAGCAGAUGUAGUAAGAAAACUCAUUGUUGAAAAAGUCCCUGUUCGGCUGUUACUUUCUCCCCUUCUAAGUAUAUACUCUGAAGCUAUGAAAUCUGGGGAUUCAAGUUUAUCAACUGUUUUUGAAAUGUUGGCAAACUCAAUCGGUACAAUGGAUAGAUCUUCUCUGGGUGCCAACCAUGUAAAAAUAUAUGAUUUGUGCUUGGUAGCACUUGAUCUUCGUUGUCAGAAGCCUGCUUCGAUUGGGAACAUCAAUGUUGUUGAGAAAAAUGUCAUAAACGCAAUGAUAAUUCUAACUUUGAAACUCACAGAGACUAUGUUUAAACCUCUUUUCAUAAGAAGUAUUGAAUGGUCAGAAUCGAAUGUGGAAGAAGGUGAUAGAAGUGGACUGAACAUUGAUAGAGCUAUAUCUUUCUAUGGGUUGGUGAAUAAACUUGCAGAAAGCCAUAGGUCGCUAUUUGUUCCUUACUUCAAAUAUUUGUUGGAUGGUUGUGUACGGCAUCUUAGUAAUUCUGCAGGAGGAGAUGUCAGCCUGAUUCGGAAGAAAAAGAAAGCAAAGGUCGCGGAAGAAAAUAAUAGUGAAAAGGGUGGAAACGGAACACUGUCUGUUGAAAUGUGGCACCUCCGCACGCUGAUUUUGUCAUCGCUGCAUAAGUGUUUUCUAUAUGAUACUGGGAACCUCAAGUUUCUUGACUCUUCCAAUUUCCAGCUUCUACUAAAGCCCAUUAUAGCGCAGCUUGACAUAGAACCGCCAAGAUAUAUAGAACAGUACACAGACAUACCAACAGUAGACGAUGUUGAUGGAUUGAUAGUCACUUGUGUUGGUCAGAUGGCUGUUACAGCCGGCAGUGACCUUCUAUGGAAGCCUCUGAACCACGAGGUGUUGAUGCAUACACGUAGUGAAAAGCUCCGUACCCGUAUGCUGGGUUUACGAAUUGUUAAGUACCUUGUGGAUAAUUUGAAAGAAGAAUAUCUUGUAUUCUUAGCUGAAACCAUCCCCUUCCUUGGUGAAUUACUCGAGGAUGUUGAAUUACAAGUUAAAUCUCUUGCACAAGAAAUUCUCAAGGAAAUGGAAUCAAUGAGUGGGGAAAGCCUUCGUCAAUACCUCUAAGGAUAUCAUUUGUAGGUCAGCCACUUUCAAACAGUGUGCAAGACAGUUUGAGGGUCAAAUUGCUAUCAAAUUUAAGGACGAUUCUGUUGGUUCAGUCAAGUCAGAAAUAUUCAAAUUGGAACCCCCUCUCCCAGUUUCUAGUGUAUAUAGAGUACAUCAAGAACCGCAGCCUAGUUUGAUAGGUAUGAUGUUCUGAAUUUUGGAAGGAAAGAAGCUGCAAAUUUUGACCUAUGCAGUUUGUAAGUGAUACUAGCAUAUUUAGCGUGCAUCAGUGUUUGUUAGUAGAAGUAGCAAUGUUAUUAUCCUUCUAAGUUUUUAAAGGUAUGCCUUGAAGAGCAUCAAAAUA